AUGGUGGGACAAAAAAGGUACUAUACUAUUGGGAUGUCCCUAAAAUUUUUGCUUCUGCUUUUGCUUUUAUAACCCCAAAACCUCAAACACCAAAAUAUUUUUCUUUCAGUUAGUAAGGUAUGUGAUAAGGUAUGGUCAGCAUUUUUUUUUUUUUAAAUCAUGUUUACUUACUAGUUUUAAAUGCACAGACCUGUAACUACGCAUGAACGAUAUUUCAAAGGAAAUGGUGACAAAAGUCGAACACAAGAGGGCGGAAAUUUGCUUCUUUGUGAAUACAUAAGGUGGCCUUUGGCGCAUUUAUCACACUUGGGGAAACUCUUAAAAUCAAGCAUUCAUUAAGCAAAAUAAACUAAAAUAAAAUAUGUAUAUUAGAACUAUAAACACGGAAAUGUUUCCUAAACAUAUUCUUUUAGUUACAGAAUUUCAUUUCAUUCAGUUACUAUACAGCAGCUAGGGUUUACCACAAACAUAGUCUACAUAGUAUCUGGAAAAGUGCGCACUUUCCCAUCGAUUAUGCGUUUACACUUCAUAUGAUUUUGCACCAUCGGUUAAGGCCACGCCUAGAUGUCCCUCCAGCUUCAGCGUUAUUCAGGCGAGCUGAGCAAGUACCCAAUCAGCUCUCAGCUCCCUAACCACUCUCACUUCAGCGUGAAUUGUUUACAUAUGACGCAAGAGAUGAAACCUGACAGAGGACAGACGGGUCUGCACAGCCAUGGAUUACUGAGGUCAUUUUGCUGAUAUAGGAUAAUUAAGACAUGCCAUUAAGAGCACUACAAAUUCUUGCAUGGUAUUUUUGGAGGGCAUCUCUGCACUAAUUAACAAUGUACGGCCAGCAGGUGUUUUAUGUUUUAAACUUCCUGCUUAUUACCAAUUUAUACAUGUGCGUAGAACUAGAUUUUUGCGAACUUGUGCAACUUGGCAGUGAGAACGGGGACAGAAGAAUUGAUCGCAACAUGGUUUUUCAAAUAAAGGCUUUUAAACAGCUCUUCCAUCUGAACGUUGUACCCGACUCUAGUUUUCUUGCACCUGACGUCGCAUAUGAGAAACAUAUCCUCUCAAAAGUGUCCUCUCUGCGCAGCUGCUUCUACUCCGGGGAUGUGAACUCGGACCCUUCUUCCUCCGCGGCUCUCAGUGUGUGUGGAGGAGUGCGCGGUGCGUUUUCUUAUAACGGUAUGGAAUACGAUUUCCAGGUCAGAGGGAAUGAGACCGGUGAUGGAUUUCCCUCAAGCGCUGGAAAGACGCACGUUAUACGCCGCCGGUUUCCCCGUAAUGUCACGUCAAGAUGCGGAGUAACAUCUGGAUUGAACCAAGGCGCUGCAGAACCACCGCAAAUGCCCGAGCGCGUAAAGGCGCACGCGGAAAUACGAAAAAAGACUGCUCUGAAAGGCACAAACAGGUCCAAAAGAUUUGUUUCUCUGUCCAGGUAUGUGGAGGUGUUGAUUGUAGCUGACGAGUCCAUGGCCAAGUUCCAUGGGGACGACCUGAGACAUUACCUUUUGACUCUCAUGGCUGUUGUCGCCAAGCUGUACCGGCACCCCAGCAUUAUGAACCUCAUCAACAUUGUAGUAGUGGAUAUGCUGGUGAUUUAUGAGCCUGAGGAAGGACCCAAGAUUUCCAGCAAUGCUGCUGUCACACUACGCAACUUCUGCACCUGGCAGAGAAGGUUGAACAAGGUGAAUGACAAACACCCUGAGUACUGGGACACUGCUAUUCUGUUCACAAAGCAGGACUUGUGUGGGGCUACCACCUGUGACACUCUGGGAAUGGCUGAUGUUGGAACCAUGUGCGAUCCCAAAAGAAGCUGUUCAGUUAUUGAGGAUGAUGGCCUACCCUCAGCCUUCACCACAGCACAUGAAUUAGGCCAUGUCCUCAAUAUGCCACAUGACAAUGUGAAGGCCUGUGAGAUGUUUGGGAAACUAAAGGACAACCACAUGAUGUCCCCUACCCUCAUCCAGAUCGAUCACAACAGUCCCUGGUCCAGCUGCAGUGCAGCCAUUGUGACCAACUUCCUAGAUGCCGGUCAUGGCGACUGUCUACUGGACAAGCCCCAGAAACUGCUUGCGCUACCAGAUGAUCCUCCGGGAAUUGCUUACAGCCUCAGCCGCCAAUGUGAGUUGGCAUUCGGCUCUGGGUCCAAGCCCUGCCCGUACAUGCAAGCCUGCUCAAAGCUGUGGUGUACAGGAAAGGCCAGGGGACAGCUGGUGUGCCAGACUCGCCACUUCCCCUGGGCUGAUGGCACCAGCUGUGGCAACAGCAGGAUAUGCUACGGGGGUGCUUGCAGUAAUAGGAACACCACCAUUAAACCAAUGGUAGAUGGACAGUGGGCUAAGUGGGGAGCAUAUGGAUCUUGCUCUCGAACAUGUGGAGGAGGAGUUCAGCUGGCAAAAAGGGAGUGCAGCAGCCCUGUUCCAGAAAAUGGAGGCAAAUACUGUCAAGGCCUGCGUGUAAAAUAUCGCUCCUGCAAUCUGGAGCCAUGCAAAUAUUCAGGCAAAAGUUUUCGUGAGGAGCAGUGCGAGUCCUUCAAUAACUUCAGCCUCAACACCAACAGACUUAGACCCUCUGUGAUGUGGGUCCCUAAAUACUCCGGAGUUUCUCCAAAAGACAGAUGCAAGCUUAUCUGCAGAGCCAGUGGCACAGGAUACUUUUACGUACUUGCUCCAAAGGUUGUGGAUGGAACACUCUGCUCCCCAGAUACUUCAGCAGUUUGUGUUCAAGGGAAGUGCAUUAAAGCAGGUUGUGAUGGAAAGCUGGGCUCCAGCGUAAAAUUUGACAAGUGUGGAGUGUGUGGAGGGAACAACCAGAACUGCCACAAAGUCUCUGGAGUGUUCACCAAACCUGUACAUGGAUAUAACUUUGUGAUCACUCUACCAGUCGGAGCCUCAAAUAUAGACAUCAGGCAACGUGGAUAUCGCGGUUUGGCAAAUGAUGACAACUACUUAGCCAUCAAGAACAUUCAUGGUCAAUAUCUUCUCAAUGGGAAUUAUGUGGUAUCUACUGUUGGACGACAUAUAAUUGUAAAUAACACUACACUACGCUACAGUGGAACAUCCACAGCUGUGGAGAAGGUGCAGGCAAUGAGACCUCUCCAGGAGCCCCUGACAGUGGAGGUGCUGUCCGUGGGAAAAAUGACACCUCCUCGUGUGCGCUAUUCAUACUACCUGACCAAUAACAAGGAGGAGAAGAUUCUGAAAAAGGAGGAAAGGAAGCAUGUACAGAACAGCAUUCUGGUAGACACCAACAAGGUGCAACUAAAAAAGUUAGCCUAUCAGAAACCUUCUAGUAAAUGGGUUACCAGUGACUGGGAAGAAUGUUCUGUAAGCUGUGGCAAUGGCUUUCAGAAAAGACGUGUUCAGUGCCUAGACUCAAAUGGGAAAGCAACUGCAUUUUGUGACAGCACCCAAAGGCCUAGUUCUCAGAAGGUGUGUGGUGGCCCUUGCCCUAUGUGGAGUAUCGGUGAGUGGUCUGCUUGCUCAAAAAGCUGUGGGAAAGGUUUCAAGAAAAGGCCUCUACACUGUGUCACUCAAACCGGGCUACUCCUACCAAGAGACCGCUGCUCAAGCAAGAAGAAGCCCCACGAACUGGAUUUCUGCACUGUUCAAACCUGCUAGAGACUUGUUAAGACUUGCUCAAACUCCUUUGGGCAUUGUGGACAUAUAGUCUAUAGAACUGUUCUUUUCAGUCUAAACAAACCUCUUGAUUUACGUUUGUUUUCACUUGUGUAUCUCAUGGUACCUCAGCUGUGUGACAGGAGACAGUGAUUGGUGAGACUGCAGAAAUACAUGACUGGAAAGGCUGAGGUAAAAACCUUAUCAUUUUUGUGAUGAUUUGAAGUCACAUGACCUACCUCGAAAAGACACUGACUCAUAGUAGAUCAUUUGUUGUCUGAUCAUAACAUUCAUCUUUAUGCGGCAAAAAAUGAUAAAUACAAAACAAUGUCAUAAAUAGGGUUCGAGAUUACACUGAAAGCAUCUGAUUUUUCUUAACUGCUUGAAUUAAAUGUGAAGCAUUGCUCUUACACUACAAAAUAUUAUAUUAUAAUAUUGGGUUCAUUCAUUGAUUCUGCCUUGGUGCUGCAAAAUACUCUAUCAUCCCACUUCAUGCUUUCUAGUAUAUCUACAUUCACAAUUAAACAGCAACCCAAGUAAAACCACACAGUCAAAAAUUAUUUGUCAUAAAAUAUCUGUCAUUUCCUAUUUUAAACAUUUUUAACCGUUAGAUAAAUAACAUUUAAAUGUAGGCAUUUGUAAUGUGUUCAAUACUCUAUUUCCCAUCUGUGUGAUUAUUUUACCCUAUCAGUACACUCUAGCUGCAAACAUGAUGACGGUUCCCAUCAUGUUCCCCAUGUUCCUCUAAAGUAACUGAACACACUUGUGUGUAUUGGUUUUAUUCUCUGCUGUAUUUGAGGAGCUUUAUUGUGUCUAGUUAGACAAAUAUCUAUUGCUUUUUAUGAUUUUAGUUACGAAGGGUUAGGAAACUUUUUUAUUCUUUCUAAAAACCAAGUUUUGAGGAUUAGUUCUGUAUGUUGUAUCUUUUAGUGUAGUAAGAAGCACUUAUAUUUUGCUACCAGGUUCCUUUGUAUACUGUGUAUACAUUAUGUUAACUGUGCAUAAAUAAACAUUUAUGCAUGAAUUUAAAUUACAUACUUAAUCUUUUUGAUACAAAGCAUAUAAAAUACAGGUUUGAUAUUUGUCUCCAAGCAACAGAGAGUAGAGGAUUAGAUCAUUUUGCCAAGCUGCAGUCACUAAGCUCCGUGAUAGAGUUGGAAAUUAUUAGUGCUUACACUGCACACUAUAAUUCUGCUGAUACAUCUGUUCUGUGUCUCCUAGAAAAACAGCCACAGCCUACCACAUGCCUAAUAAUCCUUUUCUAUUAUCAAGGAGUAUGAGACCCACUCCCACAUUUCAUGUCUAACUGCACACAAAGAUAACUACUAUGUUUUAUGCAAGUUUAUGCUUUUUAAAAGAUAUAUUAAAAUAUCAGUUUAAUAUCAGA